GUUCUGUUUGUCAAACCGUGCGGUUGUCAGAACUUUGAAAAUUUUCUUUUGCAACGUCUUGGCGACGUUUUUAAUUCAUUUCUUUCGGCACAAAGAAAAGGCAAAAGGCAACGCAAAAACGUUGCAUAUUUUUCAAAGCCAGAGCGGUCGCAAGUUCUUGAGAAUUGCAUUAGUAAUAUUGCAUUUUAUCUUUAUCCAAAAUUAAUAAAAAAAAAUCGAGUCUCAAUAGUUUGCACUAAAUUUCCUCAUUCAAAUUCUAUUUAUAUUAUUGUAACAAGUGUUUGGAAGUUGCUGGAAAACGUGUCGCAACGCGUUUACCGAGAGUUUACGAUAUACGUUAAACGCGCUCCAGUUGCCAUUGCCGACAGGAUAACACACGCCCCACACGCCCCCAGGAUAAUCGCUGCUCGUGAAAAUGAGUUUUCACAAAAGCGACUCACGCACGCCGUUAGCACCGGCGGAAUAUACCAAAAUUCCGACGGUUGUGACGGUCUACGAUAGCGAGAAGAAAAACGGCAGCAGGAAUAAUGCGAACAUUGGGCAACCCAAAUUCAUACGCUCCGACAUGGCCGAUGUGCCUGUCCAGCAGGCGGCUGGAUCGACUCUUCCCCUAGUGCUGACGCGCAAAAAAGGCGGCGACGAUGGUGAGGAUGGCACCUACAAUCCCUUCGAGCAUCGCAAAGUGGUGCAUCCAACUUCCGAUAUGGAAACAUUUGUGCAUCUGCUCAAAGGUUCCCUGGGCUCCGGCAUUCUGGCCAUGCCCAUGGCCUUUGCCAAUGCCGGUCUCUGGUUCGGUUUGAUUGCCACUUUCGCCGUCGGCGCUCUCUGCACUUAUUGUGUCCACAUCUUGGUGAAGUGUGCGCAUAUUUUGUGCCGUCGCCGCAAGAUUCCCAUGAUGGGAUUCGCCGAUGUCGCUGAACAGGCUUUCCUCGAUGGUCCGCCGGCAUUGAAUCGCUGGUCCCGCUUUAUACGCUUCAUGGUGAAUACGUUUCUGGUGUUCGAUCUGCUCGGUUGCUGUUGCAUCUAUCUGGUUUUUGUGGCCACCAAUCUGCAGCAAGUUGUCGAUGUCUAUUUGGAGACACAAUUGAGCGUUCGCCUGUGGAUUGUAAUUGUCUCAGCUCCGCUGGUCUUCAUGUGUCUGGUGCGCAAUCUCAAGUUUCUGACGCCCUUCUCGAUGAUUGCCAACAUUCUGAUGUUUGUCGGCAUUGUCAUCACGUUUGUCUACAUGUUCUCCGAUCUGCCAGCGCCUGCUGAGCGCGAAGGCAUUGUGAAGCCAACGCAAUGGCCGCUCUUCUUCGGCACCGUCAUCUUUGCUCUGGAAGGCAUCGGUGUAGUUAUGUCCCUGGAGAACGACAUGAAGAACCCUACUCACUUCAUUGGUUGCCCGUCGGUGCUCAACUUCGGCAUGGGUCUGGUCAUUGGACUUUACACUCUUGUCGGCUUCUUUGGCUAUCUGAAGUACGGCAGCGAAACCGAGGCCAGCAUUACGCUGAAUCUGCCAAAGGAAGACAAAUUGGCUCAGUCUGUUAAGCUGAUGAUUGCCAUUGCCAUAUUCUUUACCUUCACGCUGCAGUUCUAUGUGCCCGUCAGCAUUCUGUGGAAGGGCAUUGAGAGCAAGAUUUCCGCUGCACGCCAAAACAUCAGCGAGUACGCACUUCGUGUUUCACUUGUGGUGCUUUGCUGUGCCAUCGCUGUUGCGCUGCCCAAUUUGGGUCCAUUCAUCUCCCUCAUUGGCGCCGUUUGCCUCAGCACUCUGGGCAUGAUUGUGCCCUCGAUAAUUGAGCUGGCUGUGUAUUAUGAGGAGCCUGGCUAUGGCACCUUCAAGUGGCGACUGUGGAAGAACUCGGGCCUGAUACUGUUCGGAAUUGUGGGCUUCGUGACGGGCACAUAUGUGAGCAUACGCGAGUUCCAGGCUGAGUUCGCUGGUGGACAUGAGAAGUGAGCAAAGAUGUCGAAAAGAUGUCUCACGUUAUGCUAAUUUAAUUUAAAUUAGUUUUAAUAAAACUCUUCUAAGCACAGGGAUAUCUAAGUUAAGUUUUUAACUAAUUUUAGGGCUAACCAAAGUUUUGUAAGAUUCUCCCUCUGCUUCUCACAUCCAUAUCUUAAUUUCGCAACUAAACAAACCAAACAAAAUGCCAGCAAAAUCAUUCUACAACUCUUCAAUCAGGCCACGCGCAAGCAGCUUUCUACUUACUUUUACUUUUAGCUCUAUCUUUAUCCUAACAUAUCUAAAACUCUAAACGCUCGACCUAAACCUCUACCGAUAUCCAAACACAAAGUAUUUGAUUUAGUCGAUGCCGCAUUACUUGUCGUUGGGCAAUCGUAAUUGUGGCAUCAAAGUUAUUUAGAGAAUUCUACUAGAAGUGAUUUCGUAAACGUAGUGAUCUUUUGACAACAAAACAAUAUAGUUAUAGUAGUUGUAAUUAGUUCCUAGCUGAACUAAAUUAGUUACACACCAAAAACAAAAACGAGAAAAGAUUUAAAAAAAACAAACAAACAAACAAACACAAACACACACGCAUAAAGUGUACAAAAAACUAUACACAACAUAUUUUCAUUUUGUUAUACAUUUUCGUUUAUUAAAUAUUGAUUUUCCGAUUUGUAUGCCCUAUUUAAUAAUCAUGACAUAUUAUAUACAUAUAUACAUAUAAAAUACCUAUAGUAGAGGAGACCAAUUGCAUAAAUCGCAAAUAAAAUUUAAAACAAAAAAAUUGAUUAAUAAAAAUAUAAAAUGUA